CUGGCGGUAGUUUAACUUCUAAUCAGAUAAAACUGAAACAAAAUUUUAAACGAAAUGUGCAUAAGAAUAAUAUCAUUAAUCUUCGUACUUUUGCUUUGGUAUGUGCCAGUGGGUCAAUCAGCAAAAAUUUUGGGAUUAUUUACAUCACAGAGUAAAUCUCAUGUAAUAAUUCAUAUGUCAGUGGCAAGAGCACUAAUCGAAAAUGGACAUAAUUUAACAAUUGUCACCACAAUUGAUUUGAACGAAUCAAAUAAAAAUUUUCGUCAUAUUAAGGUUCCAGGAGAAAAUGUAGAAAAUAUGAUAAACAACGUAACACAAAUGUCUACAAUUGAAAAAUUUAUUAAAUUUUUUUAUAUGUUUCGUAAACUAAUGGGCAAUUCAAUAGUGGCUUUAAAGAGUACUGAAAUGCAAAAACUGAUGAAGGAAGAAUCAUUCGAUUUAAUUAUUAUAGGGUAUUUUUUAAAUGAGUAUGAAAUUGGAGUUGCAGCACAUUUUAAAUGUCCGGCCGUUAUAAUUUUUAUGGGACAACCAAUUUAUAGUUUAAAUAAUUUAGUAGGAAAUCCUGACGAAAUUACACAUAUUCCACAUCCAAUUUGGGGUGAAACAACAAAAUAUAUGGGCUUUUUUAGUAGAGUAGCCAACGCCUUUUGGUAUUUCGUGGACAACUUAUUAUGGUGGACGAUCCGAACAAGUUUUAACACAUAUUAUAAAGAACUCUUUCCACCAGAAAAAUAUCCCUCAUACGAAGAAGCAUUAAAAAAUGUGUCAUUAAUUUUAAGUAACUAUCAUUUUUCUCAGGGUCCAAUUAGAGCCGAUGUUCCCGCCGUGAUACAAAUAGGAGGUAUUCAAAUUGAAGAAAACCCAAAAAAAUUACCAGAGAAAAUUCAAAAACACCUCGAUAGCGCUGGGAAAGACGGAGCAAUAUUUUUCAGUUUAGGUUCAAAUGUUCGUUCAGCUGAUUUAGGUGCAAAUGCUUCUACUGCCAUAUAUAAUGUUUUAUCAUCAUUAAAGCAAAAAGUUGUUUGGAAAUGGGAAACAGAUGAUUUACCAGGAAAAUCGCAAAAUAUUUUAUUUGAAAAAUGGCUUCCACAAAAUAGUGUUUUAGCACAUCCUAACUUAAAAUUAUUUAUUACACAUGGUGGAAGAGGAAGUGUUGUUGAAUCAGAAUAUUUUGGUGUACCAAUGAUCGGUUUACCAGUUUUUGGUGAUCAAUCAGCAAAUGUUGAUCAACUGGUUGAAGCUGGAUAUGGUCUUCGUUUAGAUCAUUCAGUAUUAACAGAAGAGAAUUUAAGGGAUGCAAUUAAUAAAAUACUUACAGAUUCAAAAUAUAGUGAAAAUAUAAAACGGUUCAGAGAUUUAUUUCGUGAUAGACCAAUGACACCUAAAGAAAGUGCGGUUUAUUGGGUGAAUUAUGUGUUGAGACAUAAAGGAGCAAAAAAUAUGCAAAGUGCUGCCGUUCAUAUGCCAUUUUAUCAGUUGAUGGGUUUGGAUGUAUUAGCGUUUAUCGGGAUUUUAUUGUAUGUGUGGCUCAAAUUAUCAAUAUUUACUUGCAAAUUAUUAUGGAGAGCGUCCUGCUACGUUUUGUGUUGUAAAUGUUUUAGAAAAUUUCUUAAGGGGCGUGGAGAAGGUCAUUUAAAAGCAAAGAACGAAUAAAACCUAAUGCAUUCUUGUUACACUGAUUCUAUUUUGUUUUUAAUUUUUUUGUCGGAUAGCAGCAGAUCUAUCACAGCCAAAUUACAUGAAGCUAGAAAUAUAAAUUCAGUAUUUUUUGUUUUUUUUUUUUAAAUAUUUGUUGUAUACUUUU